AGAAUGAUCAAUGAUCCCAAAUCCGCGCACUUCAUAGCCUGGAACGAUCACGGAACAAGCUUUGUGGUCUCGAACGUCGGCGAGUUCAGCCGGAGCAUCUUGGGCUCGCACUUCAAACACAACAACUUCUCGAGCUUUGUGCGGCAGCUCAACAUGUACGGAUUCCAUAAGAUCAACCGGACGCCGCGGGCGCAGCGGACGUCGACGGACGCGCAGACGUGGGAGUUCUCGCACCACAAGUUCCUGCGGGGGCGUCCGGACCUGCUGGAGGAGAUCAAGCGCAAG